UUAAUGGCGAAGCGAAAACAGAGCAUAUUUCCUCGACGACCACCCACACAGAGAGAGGGUGGCAGCUCGGAGAGGGAGCUGGAGCUUUGGGUGGGAGGCGGCGGAGUGGAGAGGAGGAGGACGCCAUUGCAGCCACAGCUGGCCGCCCGAGAUUAAUCUCAUACCAUCCCAAACGCUUUCCACAUUCACUGGCUUUGCUUUUUUCCCUCUGGCUUGUCCCGCUUUUGUCGGGUCUCGAGGAAAUACAAAAACAAGAUGGACGUUUCGUCUUCGCUGAUAGUCGAAAUGUGGAGACCCAGCGCCGAACAAAAGCAGACUCCCACAGUUGCCUCGCCUGUCCGGUGGUCCAGUCUCUCACCAUGAACGCCAGUAGGAACUGCACCUCAGUGGGGAACGGCGAUGGUCUGGCGGUCCUGGAGUCGGUGUCCAUCGUGACCAUCACGCUCCUGGCCUGCCUGGGGAACCUGCUGAUCGUGGCCACCCUGUACCGCCGACCGUACCUGCUCACGCCCAGCAACAAGUUCGUGUUCAGCCUGACCCUGUCCAACCUGCUGCUGUCCGUGCUGGUGCUGCCGUUUGUGGCCGUGAGCUCGGCGAAGCGAGAGUGGGUCUUCGGGGUGGUGUGGUGCAACUUCACCGCGCUGCUCUACCUGCUCAUCAGCUCGGCCAGCAUGCUGACCCUCGGAGCGAUCGCCAUCGACAGGUCGGUACCGGAUCAGCCCGGAGUUGCAGUUAGAUGAACUCUGCAUGCAUCGAUAUCCAGAGAUAUUGAUACAUCUGUUACUGUUUUUUUUUUUUGUUGUUGUUGUUGCUUUUUUCUUAAAAACAAUUCUAACAUAUUUCUAAUUUCUUAUUAAAGUGUUACAGAUG